AUGAAGCUGAAUCGCCUCUGCAUCGUUUUACCACCAAAUUCUGGUGAAAUGGUGGUGCCACUUGAAAAGGGUGUCCAGCAAGAACCCUUCCAAACACCAGAGAAACAAGUUGUUGAGGCCAAACAGCCUCACAGGGCAUGUGGGGGACAAGUUCUUGCUUCUCUUGGAGAUUUUUUGGGCAAGUUGUAUGACUCAGGGUGGUGGAGAAUUUGCCAAAAGGGAGGGCACAGAGAGAAGCACGACUCUGGUGUAUUGUUUCAUGACAUGGAUGGUGUGCAAGUUUCUGUUAACGUUGGCAGGGACAACCCCAGAAUUUUCAGCUACGCAGAGCUGUUCAUAGGGUCUAAUGGUUUCAGUGAAGACCAAGUUUUGGGGAGUGGAGGGUUUGGCAAAGUGUACAAGGCCGUUUUGCCGAGUGAUGGAACCGUGGUUGCUGUGAAGUGCUGUUUGGCAGGGAAAGGGAAGCAGUUUGAGAAAAGUUUUGCAGCGGAGUUAACAGCCGUGGCUGAUCUUCGCCACAAGAAUCUUGUGAGGCUGAGGGGUUGGUGUGUCAAUGAAGAUCAGUUGCAUCUUGUUUAUGACUACAUGCCAAACCGAAGCCUUGACCGUGUUCUGUUUCGCAGACAUGAGAAUUUGAAGGCCAAGCCUCUUCAAUGGGGACAGAGAGUGAAGAUUGUGAAAGGUUUGGCAGCUGCAUUGUACUACCUCCAUGAGCAACUAGAGACUCAAAUCAUUCAUAGGGAUGUUAAGACCAGCAACGUUAUGCUUGAUUCCCAUUACAAUGCUCGGUUGGGUGACUUUGGCAUGGCAAGGUGGCUAGAGCAUGAGCUUGAGUAUGAGUAUAAGAAUAAGAACAAGAAAACAAUAUCGAUCAGAAGUGACCAUUUCAGAUUGGGAGAGACGUCAAGAGUAGGGGGCACAAUUGGGUAUCUUCCUCCUGAAAGCUUGCAGAAACCAAGCAAUGCUACCUCCAAAUCUGAUGUCUUCAGUUUCGGGAUUGUUGUGUUAGAGGUGGCAUCUGGAAGGAGAGCAAUUGAUUUCACACAGCCAGAUGAACAAAUGAUUCUGCUUGACUGGAUUAGAAGGCUUUCUGAUGAAGGGAAGCUUCUGGAAGCAGCUGAUACAAGGCUACCAGAUGGAUCCUUCAUGCUCUCAGAGAUGCAGCAUUUCAUUCACACAGGCCUCCUCUGCACACUCCAUGACCCACAAUUGAGGCCAAGCAUGAAAUGGGUAGUGGAAGCUCUUUCUGACUUUUCUUUUAAACUACCACCACUCCCUUCUUUUCUCUCCCACCCUUUAUACAUCUCUUUGUCUUCCCCAUCUGAUACUAGUCACAGUCCAAGCAGCACAAGUGGCACUAGCUCCACCACAGAUAAUGCAAGCAUUACCACCAACAAUACCUCAAACUAUGUCACGGCAGCAGGUGAUACUGUGUAUGUAACCGCUGAGUACAAAAACAGUGAAAUCAUCUCUUUUAAGAGCAAUCACCACCAGCGACCAUUUCCUGUGGUAGAAACUCCAAGAGAAAUAUCAUACAAGGAGAUUGUUUCUGCUACAGAUAACUUCUCUGAUUCAAGAAGGGUGGCUGAGCUAGACUUUGGAACUGCUUACCAUGGCAUCCUUGAUGACAAAUGCCAUGUUUUGGUGAAACGCCUUGGGAUGAAGACUUGUCCUGCACUGCGUCAUAGAUUCUCCAACGAACUCCGGAACCUGGGACGGCUUCGCCACAGGAAUUUGGUUCAACUUCGUGGAUGGUGCACUGAGCAAGGAGAGAUGCUUGUUAUUUAUGAUUACUCGGCAAGUAGAAUCCUCAGCCAACUGCUUAUGCAUCAUAACAAUGGAACUCGAAGUGGAGCUUCUUUCCUCCAAUGGCAUCACAGGUACAACGUAGUGAAAGCACUGGCCUCCGCAGUACUCUAUCUACAUGAGGAAUGGGAUGAACAAGUGAUCCACAGAAACAUUACUUCUUCCGCUGUCAUUCUUGAGCCAGAUAUGAAUCCAAGACUCAGCUCUUUCGCUCUGGCAGAAUUUUUGUCAAGGAAUGAGCAUGGUCAUCAUGUAGUUUCUGACACUAGAAAAUCGGUUCGUGGGAUUUUCGGCUACAUGUCACCAGAAUACGUGGAAUCAGGCGAAGCAACCACUGAAGCUGAUGUUUAUAGUUUUGGUGUGGUGGUGCUUGAAGUUGUGAGUGGACAGAUGGCAGUAGAUUUUAGGCAACCAGAGGUACUUUUGGUGAAGAAGGUUCAUGAAUUUGAGAUGAGAAAAAGACCAUUGAAAGAAUUAGCUGACAUUAGACUCAGUGGAGAAUACAAUGACCAAGAAUUGAUGAGAUUAGUAAGGUUAGGAAUUGCUUGCACAAGUUGCAACCCUCAGCUAAGACCAAGCAUGAGACAAAUAGUAAGCAUCCUUGAUGGCAAUGACAAAUUACUUGUCCAGAGUAGCAAGGAGAGCAGGGAAGAAUGGAGACAAAGAAAUUACCGUUCUUUGUCAAUGGUUAAGAGAAUCCAAGCUCUAGGAAUACAGUAAGAAAUUGCAGAAGGACAUUGAAGUUACCUAAUGGGAACUGAAAUUUUUGUAACAUAGAAAAAUCUCUAUCUUGUUUUUGUCUCCAUGUUUUAUCCAUUUUGUCUACUUAAUAUCUAUACUAGGUUGUAUAUUAUAUAAAAGAAGCUUCAUGUAUCAGUGUAUUUUUAUGCAGAAGCAUGGCAAAAAUCAUGUGUUUCUAUUCA